AUGUUUGUUCCUUCUUGGCUUAGAACGAUAUUAUUUGUUCCUCUUUUCAUUUUCCUGGGUGUACUAGCUUGGGAUUAUGUAGAUGAUACCCCUGUUUGCCCAAUUAGACUCGUUGAACCUAUCAGCUUAUAUAUUGUUCAACAUUAUCUGACCGGCGAAGGUCUUUACUCAAAUGCCAGAUCUAUUAGAGAUGCAGUCAUUAUUUCUCCUGAUUAUGGUCAAUUAUUUUUAACAACUUCUGCAUCAGAUACAAAGAAAACACAAAUUUACAUAAUUUUGUCUCUCGGAUCACUAAUUGCAUUGGCAUUUCUUGCUAUUCCAACACAAGUCAAUAGUGUAAUUGGAAAUUUCAUCAUGAUUUUAGUUACUACAGCAUUUGUUUUGAAUUCAAUCCAAGUUAGAAACAAACAACUAGAAGAUUUACUUUGGCCUGUCUACUUAAACUUUAUUUCAGCCAUUGUCGGUAUGUUUGCAGCUAUUCUUUAA